AUGGAGAGCGGAGAACUCGACAACAGUGGCAACGGGGACAGGUGCCGCACCAUAGUCGAGAACUCACGCUGGUCAAAGUUCUGCAACGGACCGAGCCCCUCUUUGGCAAGAUACGCCUACGGUCUCAUCUUCUUCGUCACUAACAUUCUAGCCUGGGCCAUCCGGGACUACGGCCACAGCGCCCUCUCGGGGCUGAAGAGUACUUACUCUUUCAUUCCCCUCAUUCCGACAAUCAUCGACGGCCAAUGGGUCUGUGCUCUUACACGGCUUUUUUUGCCCAGGACUUAAAGGAUGCGACGGUGCCCGUGAGUGUCUUGGAGCAGAAGGCGUGCUCCGUAUCAGCCUCGGCUGCUUCGUAUCCUCUGAAUGGCCUCUCUGGCUUCUGCUUAAGUGACGCUUUGCUAUUCAUGCUUUACCCAGGAGUUUUCUCUUCACAAACAUCAUUAGGUUUUCUUCUUCGUGAUGUGUCUCUCGACUGCUGAGACAAAAAAGUUGGUCGAAGAGAGAAAUAUGUGGCACACAAAAUGCUGGGCUUGGAAGAUCAUUCUGUGGUUGGGUCUGAUGACGAUCCCAUUUUUGGUACCGUCUGCAUUAAUCAAUCUCUACGGUCAGUGUUUCGUAAACAGGGUAGAUGUUUUUCAUUUCUUUUGUUCUCAUCUUUCCAAAGGACUCAAACGUAACUUAAUUGGCCAUGGCCUUUUCAGGGAUAAUUGCCCAUCUUGGCGCCGGGUAUGUUCCUUGUCAUUGUUGUUUCCCUUCUGCUUUCGCGGCGAAAAGGUGUAGCUGAUCUGUUGAUCUGUGAUGUGUAGCUGAGAGAGUAUGCCCCAUAGUUGUGCACCUCUUUCGGGAUUUUUUAUCAUAACAUCGCUAUUUUGGACGAUGUUUUAUAGGAUCUUCCUCGUGAUCCAACUCAUUAGCGUGAUCAGCUUCAUUACAUGGCUUAACGAUUGUUACCGGUCAGAGAAGAACGCCGAGCGGUGGUAAGCCUGUCUUUUUUCUAGCGAAACCGUGAAAUAAUUCCUUGCUCCAGAUAGUUCCAAUUAUUAAUUUUUUCUGUGCACGUACAUUUCAGAAGUUACAAGCAUAAUUCAACUAACGUAGAGUAGUUUACUUUCUCUUGAAAUCGAUCUUCCUGGGGUCGGAAUAUAUGCAAUGCAACCUUUAUCACUUGCAGUAUAUGGAACAUAUGUGGAAAGCCGACAACUAUUUUAUCUUCUUUCAUUGCAAAUAUGGUUCUUGAUAUUUUUGAUUUUAUUUUUUUACGUGGGAAUCAGUUUUUAUGUUUAACAUGUGCAUUAUAUUAUUCAAAAGUAAACGAAGGUAACAGAAAAAUAACAUAUAAAUUUCGACCAUUGAAUAGACAGAAGAUCCCAUCGAAUAAGUACAAAUAUUGUCAUUUGCCUUCAAUAGCGAUUUCCGGACACAGAGCGAAUAGUGACCCUACGGAAGGUCAAUGCCAAAACAUAGAGGUUAUACCCACCCUGUAGGAACAUCGACCUUUCAAUCCCUAUCGCAUUUGGGGGUGGGCGGGUCCGACCAACUAUUCAAGAACUCUUGUCCAGCUUAUCUGCUUUAUUAGCGCUCGAUAAUAUGCCAAGACGUAAGUUUUUGCGACAUAUUGCGACAAUAUCAUAUGGAAAAAUCCUUUUUAGGCCACUCAGCGGCUAGGAACUGUUAUUGUUCUGCGUGUCAAACUGAUAGCAACCCGCCCAGAAAAGUUCCCCUUUGACUUCUAAAGUAUCUGAUGGAGGCGUAAGAGUCUGACUUCUCAAUUGGAUUUAUUUCUCUCAAUAAUUGAUCCCUGCAAUGUUCUUGAUAAAUGCGUCAACUUGGAGCUUACUCGCCCUGAGGUAGAGGCCAUUUUCCUCAUCUCCAGCUCCCUGCCAACGCUGAUAAUGCGCAAUAUGCUGUACAGAACCUGACAUUUUCUUCAAUUCUCUUUUCCCCUGUAGUUGAAACUGACAUCGAGUGGUUUUUGGAGCUGCAGCCGAGUUCGGGUCCUCGUAAGCUCCUUCGCUGCAUACGUUUCUUCCUUCCUGGGAAUAAUCUUGAUGUACAUAUGGUACGCACCGAAGCUGUCCUGCGAGCCGAACAUCAUCUUCAUCUCCCUGACGCUGGGGCUUCUGCAGAUCAUGACCCUCGUCUCCAUCCACCCGAGAGUGAGCCAACCGGCCGUACCACCCGUCCGGGGCCUUCGCCCCCGCACUCCCCAUCCCUAGCUGAUUCCAUACAUGGUUCAGGUGAAUGCAGGAUUCUUGGCACCCGGACUCAUGGGAGUAUACCUCGUCUUCCUCUGCUGGUGCGCCGUGAGGAGGUACUCCCCUGAGGGGUUUUUCUUUUCCCCCCCAAAAAAAAAAAAACAAUUAUUCUCAAUUUAUAUAUAUAUAUAUAUGCAUAUUUUUGGGAUUAUUCCUUCUUCUACUUUUGUACAGCGAGCCAGAGAGAGACAACCGCAACAGGAUGGCGCAGACCGGAACACACAAGGACUGGCUCACAAUAAUAGUAAGUUUUUCGUUCUGACCAUGAAAGCGUUGACCGUGAAAAUUUCCCCAGAGCUCCCAAAAUAGUACCCUAAAUCCCAUAAAUAAUUCCUUCAGGGUAACAUUCCUAUGCAUUAGCUACCCGUGAACGUUCCAUUCCUGAUGGAGACCUUCGGUUUGACUUUGGCAGAGCUUCGUCAUCGCAGUGCUCGCCAUAGUCAUGGCGACGUUUUCCACGGGGAUUGACUCGCGGUCGUUCCAGGUGCAUCUCUGGCCUCCUACUCUCCAGCUUUCUGCGGUUCUUCUCUCUGAACUCGGUCUCUUUGACAUUUUCCCCAGUUCAAGAAGACCGAGGCGGAGCCGGACGACGUGCCGUACGGCUACGGCUUCUUCCACUUCGUCUUCGCCAUGGGAGCCAUGUACUUUGCGAUGCUCUUCAUCAGCUGGAACGCCAAUCAAACGACGCAAAGGUCACCAAAGUCAACUCCAAGCUUAUACUGCGUUGACUUUGGGGCACCAUCUUGAUUUUUGUGGCCUUCCCAUGCAGAUGGACGAUCGACGUCGGAUGGGCCAGUACCUGGGUCAGAGUGGUCAACGAAUGGCUGGCGGCCGUCCUUUACGGUAAAUUUCUUAUACACCAAGUAGACUUCCGCGGUUUCCAAAAAUAGCUCUUUCGGAAGGAGAUGGCUGACUUUCGGCGGCGUUCUCUGCUGAGCUUCGCAGUCUGGAUGCUCCUCGCCUCUCUCGCCACGAGAGCGAGGGAAUCUGAUGCCACGUGUCGACUGGAGAAUCAAUCUGAUCCGUCCGAUGAGGGAUGA